AUGAGUUUCUCAUUUCAGAAUAAAUUCAUAUUUAUUGGCUUUAUCUGGGUUUUCGAAUUCUGUCAUAUCUCAACAGAUGAAGGGUUGACCUAAUUACCCACUUCAAUCAAAGCUCAUUGCCUUCAUCUGAGUUUUUGAUUUAUGUCGUCACAUCUCAUUAAAUGAUGGACCUGAUAACCCCGUUUCCUUAUUUUCUUCAAAGAAACUCCCUCAUCAUCAUAAUUUUCACCCUCAGUUUAUUACCCUCCGAUAUUGAUCUACUACAGGUGCCAAAGUUGGUGGAGUAUACUUUCAAGAAGGGAACCUUCACAGGGCCUACGUACGUGCUAAGCAGAGAGAGGAUUCCCCCCCUUCCAUUCCCCCUCCUCGCAACCCAACCUACUUACGAUAGAUAGACCUGCAAGAGCAAUUUGAUGCUUAAUGUGCUCCUUCAUUGGUGCAGUAAAUGGAAGGCGAAAUGCUAAUGAGCGUUGACAUGAUUAGUGAGGGGGUAUCACCGUCCGAUCAAUGAGGGGCGUCCCCUGCUCCCACAUUAAGAAAAUAAUAAUAAUAAUAAUUAUUAUUAUUAAAUAUAUAUUAUGUGGUUUUUUUAUCUAGUUUUUGUCGUCUUACCACAGUUGCGGAGGCUGUACUUGAAAGCGACCACGGCCCAGCUAAUGGACCGAGACUUUUUCAAGGGCAUUUGACUUUGUCCAUGAUUGAUUCGCUGUGUGCUGGACGUCACGUGCCGUGACGUGGCAGAUUUCUUGCCGUCAAAUACCUGGACAGCAACUCCAGUCAGCUGCAUCCGACGGACCCAAGCCGUCUGGAGGUUUCCGAUAUCCGCCUGGGUCCACCAUCGUUCUCACUUGCAGAUGCGAAAGAAGCGAUCGGGGGUUGGAAUAGCAGUAUCCGACUGAUUCUCCUCCUCGUGGGGAGCUUCUCCAAGCGAGACCUGUGAGGUUUGGUGCUAUUCUCAUCCUCUUCAGGCUUCCUUGGCCCCAGCCAAUCAUCUAUAUGAGAGGCAAGCGAGAAAGCGGGAGAAAAGAGGAGAGGGAGAGGGAGAGUGUGAGAGAGAGAAGUCGGGAAUCAUCCACAAGAUCUAGGAGGCGCUCCACGUCAGCGGCGAGCACAAGGAGGGAGGAGGGCUGAUGGAUAAGAUCAAGGAUAUGAUCAAGGAGAAGCUCCACUACGAGGAGGAGGGAGGGGGCCUUGUGGAGAAGAUCAAGGAGAAGAUCUACCAGUUGGGGAACGGCGAGGAGGAAAAGGAGGAAGGAGGGGGCCUAAAGGAGAGGAUCAAGGAGAUGAUCAAGGAGACCUUCCACGAACUGGUCUACGGGGAGGAGGAGAAGAAGAAGAAGAAGAAGAAGAAGGGGAAGGAGGGCGAGGAGGAGGAAGAGGAGGAAGAGGAGGAAGAGGAGGAAGAGGAGGAGGAGGAAGAGGAGGAGGAGGAAGAGGAGGAGGAGGAAGAGGAGGAGGAGGAGGAGGAGGAGGAGGAGGAGGAGGAGGAGGAGGACGAAGGAGGGGAUGAGUAG